ACCGGCCCUCAAGUUCACAACAGCAGUAGCAGCAACUGGAGAAGCAGGCUCUCGGCAACUCAGCCCUUCAAAUCCAAAUCUGCCUGAAGACCUACCUCCUGAGUGGCCGCUGACCAGUCCUUGCCCCAGCAUGGGGACCAUGUCCAGAGCAGCCUUGGUCUUGGCCUAUUUGGCUGUUGCUUGUAUAGCCUCCAAGGGAGGCUUCAAGGCUCCAGGGCAGAGGGAGCUGGGGCCAGAGCAGCUCACCCACCACCUUCAAGAAGUUGGCCAUGCAGCACCCCCUUCCCCACCCCUGACCCGAGCCCUCCCCAUGGAUCACCCUGACACCUCUCAGCAUGGCGCUCAACUUGAAGGACAGAGUGAAGGUAAGGGAAGAAGGCCCUGCCUGCUCUCCUUGACCAAGCUAGGAGAAGAGGUGGGCUACUCACAUACUCCCCCUUCUGUAGUGCCGCCCCCCCCCCCCCAGGAAGCCAUCCCUGUCCAAGAGGAGGAGCUGCCCCCUCCCCAGCUCCCUGUGCAAAAGGAAGUGGAUCCCCCUCUUCCUCAGGAAGCCAUCCCCCUCCAAGAAGAGCCCCCCCCCCCCCCCCCCCCUCGAGAACAGGAGGGGGGGGUACCAGCUCCUUUCAUGAGCCGUGGCACCCCAGAGGUGGAGUCUUGGAAUGCAGCCCAGCACUGCCGACAGGGCCAAUCCCGAGGGGCCUGGGGCCACCGACUGGAUGGCUUCCCCCCUGGGCGGCCUUCUCCCAACAAUCUGGACCAGAUCUGCCUUCCUAAUCGUCAGCAUGUGGUGUAUGGCCCCUGGAACCUGCCACAGUCUGGCUACUCCCACCUUACUCGCCAGGGUGAGACCCUCAAUUUGCUGGAGACUGGAUAUUCUCGCUGCUGCCGCUGCCACAGCUACACAAAACGCUUGGAGUGUGCAAAACUCGUGUGGGAGGAUGCAAUGACCCAGUUCUGUGAGGCCGAGUUCUCGGUCAAGACCCGAGCCCACCGGUGCUGCAAACGGCAGGGGGAGGCUCGAUUCUCCUGCUUCCAAGAGGAAGCGCCCCAGCCACACUACCAGCUCCAGGCCUGCCCCAGCCACCAGCCUGGUAUUUCCUCGGGCCCCGAGCUGCCUUUCCCCCCUGGGGUACCCACUCUGGACAAUAUCAAGAACAUCUGCCACCUAAGACGCUUCCACUCUGUGCCAAGAAACCUCCCAGCUACUGACCCCAUCCAAAGGCAGCUGCAGGCUCUGACCCGGCUGGAGGGGGAGUUCCAGCGCUGCUGCCGGCAGGGGAAUAACCACACCUGUACAUGGAAGGCCUGGGAGGAUACCCUUGAUAGAUACUGUGAUCGGGAACAGGCUGUAAAGACCCAUCACCACUCGUGUUGCCAACACCCUCCUAGCCCUGCCCGCGAUGAGUGCUUUGCCAGUCGGGCUCCCUACCCCAACUAUGACCGGGACAUCUUGACCCUUGAUCUCAGCCGAGUCACCCCCAACCUCAUGGGCCAUCUCUGUGGAAAUACAAGAGUUCUCACCAAGCAUAAACAGAUUCCUGGGCUGAUCCGGAAGAUGACUGCCCGCUGCUGUGAACUGCCGUUUCCAGAGCAGGCAUGCUGUGCCGAGGAGGAGAAAUCAGCCUUCAUAGACGAACUGUGUGGUUCCCGACGUAGCUUCUGGACAGACUCUGCCUUCUGCUGUGACCUGAAUUCUGGAGAUGAACAGACCAACUGCUUUAACACUAAUUAUCUGAGGAAUGUGGCCCUAGUGGCUGGAGACACUAGGGAUGCCAAGGGCCAGGGGGAGCAGGGCCCAACUCAGGGAACAAAUAUCAGCCCCACCCCUGGACCCAAAGAAGAAUGAGUCACCCCAGAGCCUUGGAGGAUCAGACUAGGGGAACCCCACCCGACCUCACCCUCCCUCAACACUCAUUACAGUAAACACCUCUUGGAUUUGG